UUGUAGUUUUUUUCUGCCGCGACGUUUCCGUGUUCGCGAAGUGCUCAACAUUUCCUUGAAGAACCCACCUGUUUACCCGUUCAGUCCAGAUCGCUGGAUAAGACAGUUGACAUUCAUGCCUGAAAGGACGUCAUUCAUGAGAGGAAACGGGACCGUGCACGCAUCUCCAGACUUCUAGGAACAUUUGAAGCGCGUCUCGCCGGAUAGGGUCUGCAGUCUGAGGGCAAGACUCUUGAGGAACUGCGUCUGGUUAAACGCGUGGCUGCUGGUUACCCUGAACCAUCAGGUUUAGCAGGUGAAUUGUGUGAACUUCUCGUGAGUGUCAUCCUCGUAAGAGCAGCAGUACCACUAUGAGUCAAUGGAAACAAAUCCAGCAACUGGAUAUUAAGUUCCUCGAACAGGUGGACUAUUUUUAUGAUGACAACUUUCCAAUGGAGCUGAGACAGGUGAUGGCCAGCUGGAUUGAAAGCCAGGACUGGGAAACAGCUUCAAACCAUGAAUCUAUGGCUACUGUACUCUUCAAUAACUUCCUCAUUCAACUGGAGAGGCAGUGUUCUCAGGAGCAGAACUUUCUUCACAGACACAACCUAAAGAGAAUAUUUCAUCAGAUACAGGGAAAAUACAAGACGGAUCCUCUGGAAAUGGCCACUGUCAUCUGUAACUCCCUGAGGGAAGAAAGACGCAUCUUAUCUACAGCCAGCAUGGAGGAACAGGGGCCACUGGAGAAGUCAAUGCAAAACUCAGCCGCCUUGGAGAAGCAGAAAGUUCUUGACAACAAAGUGGCAAUCAUAAGAAGCAGCGUUCAGAUGCUGGACCAGGCUGUGAAGUAUCUUGAGGACAUGCAGGACGAUUUUGACUUUCGCUACAAAACACUCCAACUUCGAGAUCCAGUUGAUAGAAAUUCUUUAUCCAUGAAGCAAGAAGUCACUACACUUCAGGAAAUACUGAACCGCCUGGAUUUUAAAAGAAAGGAGAUUUUGUCAAAGAUUUCAGAUGUUAUAAAGGAAAUUGAUGCCCUGAUUUCGUCCCAGCUCAACCCUGAGCUUAAGGAAUGGAAACGGAGGCAACAGAUCGCCUGCAUCGGAGGACCGGUUCUGAUAGGACUGGACCAGCUCCAGAACUGGUUUACCCUGACAGCCCAGAGUCUUUUCCAGAUUAAAAGACAGCUAGACAAACUGGGUGAGCUGAUCCUAAAAGUCACUUACGAGAGUGAUCCAAUCCCUCUCCAGAAACCUCAGAUGGAGGAGCAAGUCAAAUACCUCAUCUAUCAUCUCAUUAAAAGCUCAUUUGUGGUGGAGAAGCAGCCCUGCAUGCCUACACACCCCCAGAAACCUCUUAUCAUCAAAACACAGGUGCAGUUUACCACCAAGGUCAGAUUACUGGUUAAAUUACCUGAGGUGGAUUAUCAACUCAAAGUCAAGACGACAUUUGAUAAAGACCUUCCUCCAGGCAAAGUGAACAGACAGUUCUUCAUCCACACCCACAACACUAAAGUGAUGGAUGUUGAGGAGUCGACUGGAUGUCUUUCUGUAGAGUUCAGGCAUCUGCAGCUGAAAGAGAGAAAGUGUCCUACUGGAGUUAAAGGAAAUGAGGGUCCCCUGUCAGUAACAGAGGAGUUACAUUCUCUCAAUUUUGAGGCCAUGCUGAUGUUACAGGGCCUGGAUAUAGAUCUUGAGACUUGCUCCCUGCCCCUGGUGGUCAUCUCCAAUGUCAGUCAGCUUCCAGGGGGCUGGGCCUCCGUCAUGUGGUACAACCUUCUAACCGACGACCCCAAGAACCUUGGAUUCUUCAGUAACCCUUUGCGGGCAAGUUGGAGUCAACUCUCAGAGGUACUCAGCUGGCAGUUCUCAAGUUUUGCAGGCCGAGGACUCAACAAGGAGCAGCUUAACAUGCUGGGAGAUAAACUCCUGGGUCAGCAUGCUUCUUAUAAUGACUGCCAGGUUUCUUGGUCCAAGUUCUGGAAGGAAAACAUUCCUGGCAAGUCAUUUAGUUUUUGGCUGUGGCUGGACUCGAUCCUGGACCUUAUUAAGAAACAUUUACUUCCUGUUUGGAUUGAUGGUUACAUAAUGGGAUUUGUGAGUAAAGAGAUGGAGCGUGCCUUACUGAAGGAGAAGGAGCCAGGGACAUUCCUGCUACGCUUUAGUGAAAGUCACCUCGGAGGAAUCACUUUCACCUGGGUUGAGCAGGAUGAAAAUGGAGACCCAAAGUUCAUCUCUGUAGAGCCGUACACGAAAAACCGCCUCAAUGCCUUGCCCAUUGCUGAUAUAAUACGGGACUAUAAGGUCAUUGCAGAUGGUGUUGUCCCAGAGAAUCCUCUGAAGUUCCUCUAUCCUGACAUCCCGAAGGAUGAGGCUUUUGGGAAACAUUAUAACAGCCAGCAAAACAAAGUUUGUCCUUACAUUCAGACACAGUUAGUUCCAAUUUCCCAUCGGAGUGGUCCGGUCCAAAAUGCAUGUUCCUCUCCUGAACCCCCCAUGUCUCCUGGAAUGUUUGAAAUUAUCACGCAGCACCUCAGUCCCUUUGAGUUUGAAAGCGCUAUGACACUCUGGAACCAGCUGCAGCUGCUGGACUCUCUGUAUUUAGAGCAAGUAGACCAGCUUUACGAUGAGGCUUUUCCAAUGGAGAUCCGACAGUAUCUCAGUCAAUGGAUUGAGAGUCAUGACUGGGAAUCCGUCGCGAGUAAUGUAUCUUUGGCAACCCUGCGCUUCCAUGAACUCCUGAACCAACUGGACGAGCACUACAGCCGUCUCAACCUAGGGAACAACUUCCUUUUACAGCAUAAUAUACGCAAAAUUAAGCGUAACCUACAGGAGCACUUCCAAGAGGAUCCUGUUCACAUGGCUAUGAUCAUAGCUAGCACUCUAAAUGAAGAGAGAAAGAUACUGGAAACUGCUCUUAGUACUCAAGAUAAAGGUGGCCCAUCACAGGGGAGUUUCAUGAUGGAACAGCAAAAUCAGUUGGGCAACAAAGUCAAUGCUUUGAAAACGAGUGUGCAGGAAAUUGAACAGGACAUUCAGGUUCUGGAGGAUGCGCAAGAUGAAUAUGAUUUCAAGAGAAAUACUUUGCAGAUGGAAGGUGAAAUGAAUGGCCAGAUAACAAAAGAGAUCCAGCAGGAGGAAACGGCACUUAGGCAAAUGUUUGUUGGGCUGAGCAUGAAAAGAGAGGUGGUGAUAAGAGGAAUCGCUAAUGCACUGACUCUAGCAGAGCAGAUCCAGCUCUCACUCGUAUCAGAAGAGUUACCGGAGUGGAAGAAAAGACAGCAGAUGGCUUGUAUCGGUGGGCCGCCCAAUGCAUGUCUGGACCAACUGCAGAGCUGGUUCACAGCAGUGGCAGAGUGUCUCCAGCAGGUCCGUCAGCAGCUGAAGAAAAUUCAGGAAUUGGUGCAGAAAUUCACCUACAACAACGACCCCCUCACUCUGGGCAAGAGCCAGCUGGAUGAGCAAGCCCUAACACUCUUCAGACACCUUAUAUUAAAUUCUCUUGUGGUGGAGAGACAGCCUUGUAUGCCCACACAUCCUCAGAGACCCUUGGUGAUAAAAACAGGAGUUCAAUUCACAGUCAAGAUCAGAUCACUAGUCAAACUCCCAGAACUGAACUGUCAACUCAAAGUAAAAGUCUCUAUUGACAAAGAUUUAACAGAGAAAGAGACAGUAAAAGGAUGUAGGAAAUUCAACAUUUUAGGAACGUUUUCUAAAGUUCUGAACUUAGAGGAAUCCAGUGGAUGUCUAGCGGCUGAAUUUCGUCAUUUGCAAUUAAAAGAGAUGAAAUGCAGCAACAGAACCAGUGAGGCCCCUCUUAUCAUUUCUGAAGAGCUGCACAUACUUAACUUUGAAACUCAACUCGUUCAGCCAGAACUGUGUGUUGAUUUAUCGAUCACAUCACUUCCUAUUGUGGUGAUCUCCCAUGUGAAUCAGUUACCUAGUGCCUGGGGCUCCAUCUUAUGGUACAACAUGCUCUGCAGUGAACCCCAAAAUCUGACGUUCUUCUUGAAUCCUCCACCAGUGAAAUGGGAGCAGCUUUCAAAGGUCUUAAGCUGGCAGUUUUCUUCUGCCACUAAACGAGCGCUGAACACUGAGCAGCUGAGAACGCUGGCUGACAAACUCCUUGGUCAUGAAGCCCAAUGUGACCCUGAAGGACUCAUCAACUGGAAUACAUUUUGUAAAAUGUCUCCUAAUGAAAGGGGUCUACCGUUCUGGCUGUGGAUAGAUGGAAUUCUGGACCUUAUUAAAAGACACCUGCUCAACAUCUGGAAUGAUGGGUAUAUCAUAGGGUUUUUGAGUAAAGAUCGAGAGAGGGCUUUGCUGAGUGGCAAACUCCCGGGCACUUUCCUUUUGCGCUUCAGUGAAACUUGUCGAGACGGAGGAAUCACCAUCACAUGGGUGGAGUAUUCACAGGACGGAAAUCCUAAGACGCAUUCAGUGAAGCCCUACACUAAAACAGAUCUGGCGUCGAUUUCCUUGCCUAACGUCAUCCGCAACUACACCCUCACUGCCGCAGAGAAGAUUCCGGUGAACCCCCUCGUCUACCUUUACCCAGACAUCCCAAAAGAUGACGCCUUUGGUCGCUACUAUACCAGCUCUUCUGAUGAAGAGAUGGAGAUAGACAAACCUAUCAAGCCAUAUUUAGACAGACGCAUAAUUUCUGUGUCAGAUGAACCUUUUUCAAGACCGCGUAAGUGUUAAGAGCACAUCGAGGCAAAACUGAUAUGAGGAAUGCUUCUCCACCAAUGCAUCUAAAUUUAAUCCUGAACUUUUUUUAUGGAGGAAGGUGAAUCUGUUACUAGAAGUAUUAUAUCUGGCAGACCAAUGUCUAAAAUGAAUAAUGGAAACUAAAAGUGAUACACAAAUAAUUUAUCUUUUCUCUGUACUAUAUUAGUGUUAAGGAUCUACUACAUUUAUUCUCGACUUGUGUGAAGAAGAGGAGCCAUUUUCUUUUGUCAAAUUAUAGAAUACAUUUAAAAUAGUGUAAUCCUGUUCUUUUUGUUUAUAUAAAUAUGUGAACUUAUGUUGCAUGGAUUUUUCAUUUUCUGUGUAUUAAGAUAAAGACACUGUUGUAAAUGGAUAUAUACAAAUACUCUGAAAAGCUGUUUCUGUGAAGACGUUUGUUUGAGAAAAGGAUAUCGUUCUCCAUCUUGUGAAGCACUUAUUUAUUUUUGCACAUCAAAAUAUCUUUACAUACAAUUGCCUUAAUUGCACAUGUACAAACACACACACCAGCCUGAUAUAAUCUAACAGAAAUCAACCUACUUUCUUCAGUCAGCAAUACAAUCCAAGCUAGGUCCAACAGGCAGUGUUACUUAAUGUGAAGUAAUAAUAAAGAUUAUUAAAUGGUUUA